AUGGACGACGCAGAGCCGGAGGAGCAGACUGCCCCCAAAGUAUACCUCACGCGACUGAGGUUGGCAUUAGGCCCAUAUGCAGUGCAUUUCAGCAACCCGGGCUAUAUCAAAAGCGAGACUAUGCGCAUGCUCGACAUCCAAGUGUGUAAAAAGACCCUCGAUGAGACUCGGCGCAAUUUCGAGAUUCGAGAAGAACUCGGUCUCUCAUAUCAAUUCUGGGAUGACUCGGCCAGCGUAUUGAAAUCCGCGAUCCCCUCGCUCGAACGGAGAAGCUUCGCGGCUCCAGAUCCUGCCACUCCGGAAUAUGAGGGUCUUUCUGGGCCACUGAUUGCGUCAUUUUCUACAAGCCUACUCGCAGAUUUGGAAAGAUUGAACCAGGUCGUUGGAAUUGCGCGAAAUGUGCUCACAGUUGGAGAGAAGGCACAGAACCUGGCAGCAGAUCGUUUAUUUGAUAAAGACAUAUUCACGUUGAUCAACGUCUGCGUGCGGGUCACGGCUCGUGGCUACGAUGGUGAAGCGGGCGCUCCAGAUGAGGACAAAUGGCAGUUUGUUAUCAAUGCUUACAAGAAACUGCUCAUCACAUGCCUGCAGUUCCUGAAUAAUCUGACUGGCCGGAACGAGCAACGAAAACUAAUGCUUUGGAUCGAGCUGUUCGACAGCCACCUUGAUAACGAACUACCGAACUUUGCGGACAUGAAGUACAAAAUGGACAUCUUCCCGGAUUUGGAUAAGGGAUCCAAACCUCCGACUGAACCCAUUCCAAGCGGGCAGAAGUCAAGUCGUGGUCCAGAUGCCUUCAAAAUCCCCCAACAACCUGCUUCUUCGCCGUUCCUUCUUUACAUCGGAGAAAUUGGAAAUGAAAUCAAAAAGUCUCUUGCACAGCGAGGGGAAAAAGCAGGUGCUACGGAGAUAGCUGCUGAAUGUCGACGGCGGUGGCAAACAAUGACAGAUGAAGAGAAGAAUAAAUGGAAUAUGCUCUAUGGAGAGGUGGUAGCAAGGUAUAGGGACGAGAUCACGCAGUCGAGCGCUUAUAAGAAAGUGGUAGACCAGCAUGCAAAGAACGAGGAAAGUGUACAAGCACUUGCACAAAGUAUAAACCAACUCCAGGUUGAAGUCGAUCGAAUGCGAUCUGCUAUCUCAACCCCCGAAGGCCACCAAGCCGAACAGUCAUCCGCCGCGCAGGUAGAAGAGAAAAAGCCUGCAAAGCCAGUUGCAAAGCCAGUUGUCGACGACUCAAUGUUGGACCCGAGCAUCAGACGGUCAUCCCCGGCAGGUGAGAUCGAUUUCCGCGUGACUUAUCCGCCAUCAUUCGGUGCCGAGAUCCUCCAGAAUGGCAAAGAAGAUUUGCUCAAACGUCUAGAGCCUGAUCUAGAUCGUCCUGCGGCUGCGCUGACAUCCGAUGUAGCCUCACCAACCUCACCUCCACCCGAAGAAGAUGAUAAUGAUGACGAGUAUGAUGACAUACCCGGCGAUGAAACGCGUGGUCUUCUCACCGAUGUUCCUUUGAUCCUUGGACCAACUGAGAUUGAGGUCCUGCCUAUGAUCAUCAUGAGUGGCAUCGUGGAACCUCCUGAGGGAAUGCCUGGAUAUCAUCCUGAUCCUGCCGUGCACAAUAGCAUCAGGAGCAUGCAUGGCGUUCGUUGCCACCUCUUACUGGCACAAGACAAUGGACGAAAUCUUCUGCGGGAGCUUCUCAUUUUCGUUGCUGCAUGGGAUUUGCGCGAGGAAGAGUUAUACUUCAAGUUUAUGAUCAAGAUCAUGGAGGCAAUAUUGGCAAACCAGCUCCUUCCAUUUGCUUAUCACGCUUUCAGAGAGCCAGAGUCAAAAGACAUCAUUUCACCAGCCCAAGCAGUCAUCAUGAAGCUACUUACCAACAUCUUCCGCGCACGCCAAGCGAAACCUUCUGGCCUCCCUUCCAGCCAUAAUCCUUCGCAGGUCGACCAAGGCGAUGCUCACAUGGUCAACUUUCUACUCACCGAGUUCCGGCGUCAUAUUAUCCCUCAGACAUGUGCGCUGAUCUUCUUACAAGGCCAAAUUCGGGCUGGGCAUGCACAGCCUGAAGAUUUCCCUCUCAACCUAUGGGAUAUGGAACGCAUGUAUGAAGGUGUUUAUCAAUACUUGGAGUUUUUCGCGAUCCUGACCGAGCAUGAAACCUGGAAAAAUAUGCUCAGCAAUUGGGAGAUCGUUAAUGAGCUCGUCACCUUGCUGAAGGAAUUGGAUGCCGCUAUCCCCAAAGGUCAAUUGUCGAUUCCUCCGCUCAACUCGGCUUCAAGGACCACCGCACCACAACAUGGUGAUAUUGAAGACCCACCACCUGUCGCCGUCGAACGCCCUUACGACACUUCGGCCAAUCCCAAUGCGCCAGAGGGAUAUAUGCCUUCGCCUCGACCAUACAUCGAUGAAGCACAAGACGAACCAUCGGAUUUCGAGUGGCGAAAUUUGAAGAAACUGGCUGUGCUUGUACUCUCCUCUCUUGUGUGGAAGAAUCGCCAGGUACAGGAUCAAGUUCGCCCAUUGGGUGGAAUCGAAGCCAUUCUCAAUUGCUGUAGCUACGACGAACACAAUCCAUAUAUUCGUGAACAUGCGAUCAUGUGUCUCCGCUUCCUCAUGGAAGGAAAUAAAGAGAACCAAGAUCAUAUCCGCGCACUGGACGAGUACCAUGAAAAGGGCGAUCCUUCGAGCCCAGCACCCGCCGAUAGCGGUAGACCUAGCCUAUCGCCAAAAAUACAAGUUCCGGACGAAGUACUUGACCAGCAAGGCUAUGAAACGUACAUGGACAGCAAAGGACAAGUCAUGCUAAGAAAGAGAGAGGUUAGGACUCCUGUAUCUGGAACAACAGCCAAAGGAAAGGGCAAGCUGGAGACGAAAGACCCAAAAGACCUCGAACAAUUAGUUCAACAAGUCAUGAGGGAGCUUCCAACACGAGUGCAAGGUUUGAAGACCGAUCCUGAGAAGGCGGCUGCCCUUGCAAAACUCGAUAAAGGGUUUGACGGAAAGGGAUGA